AUGAAGCACUCGACGAGCCUGUCAAGCCUUCCUCCGGACCUCCUCUCCUGCAUCCUCGGCAACCUCGGACUCUGUGACCUGUACGCGUGCGCCAAACUCUCACGCGCUCUGCGGCAUUCGGCCAACGUCCGGCGAGACGCGUUGAGGCUGCUUGAGCCGUUUUCGUCCUUCGGCACACGCGGCAGUGGUCGGAGUCACCUGCACCACGCGAGCGCCCUGGCGCUUGCCGACGGCGAUGGCUCCCUCCUCAUCGGCGAGAAGGACCGCUUGCGGGUCGUCUGCCCCGACGGCGCGACCUUGGGCCUUUGGCAGGCGAGGAACGAGGGCGUGGAGUGGCUCUUUGCCACUCCGGAACGGCCCGUGUUGAUGGCUCCCGGCGUGCUGAUGCCAAACCCACGCGGCUCCACCGGCCCGUGCGGACUGGCCCUCCUGGCUUCCGGCGGCUCAGGCGGAGGCAUGCCCUCGCGCUGGCCCGCCGGGCCGGAGCAGCACCUGUUUGUGAGCGACGCGGGCGCGGAUCGAGUCUAUAAGCUCCGACGCUGCGUGAGUGCUGCCGACGCCACCGUCGCUUGGGCGCUCGUGGGCAGCGGCUUCGGCACCGGCGAGGGGCGCCUCAUGAGCCCGGGUGCGCUGGCGCUCGGCGAGGGUGACUCCACACUGCUCUACGUCGCAGAGGGCCACGCGGUGUCCGCCUUCGACGCCGGCACGCUCGCCUUCCGGUUCCGCUUCGGCCGCGACGCGGGCACCACGCCGCGCGGCGGCGCCGCUGCCGGCCAUCUCAAGUCGCCCGACGGGCUGGUCGAGCACGGCGGAGAGGUGUAUGUCGCGGACAUGCUCAACCACCGCGUCCAGGUCUUCUCCGCCUCGGACGGACUCUUCCGCCGCUCCUUCGGGCGGCGGGGCAGCCGGCCGGGAGAGUACCGCCGGCCUUCCGCCGUCGCCGUCUGCAGGGGCCGCCUCCUCGUCGCCGAGUUCACGGGCAAGCGGGUGCAGGCCGUCUCGCCCGCCGACGGCACCCCGCUGCAGCUCCUCUGCCUGCAUGCAGGGCCCGCGAGCGCGGCGAUCCGGCUCGGCCCCUUCCUCGGGACCACCGACCACCUCUCGAGGGGACCACACAGCAGGGCGGGGGACACAUGUCCCUAA